AUGUUAUUCUCCACGUUAAGUUAAGUUGUAGCAGUGAUGAGCACAGAGCCAGAGGAAGUUGAAGAAGUUGUAAUAAAAUGCGAAGUAAUAGAGAUAUCAGAUGAGAACGAGGAAGAAACUCCAAAAAAGAAGAAAAGGAUAAGAAAGCGUUCAAUACCAAAAGAGAGAUCCAAAUGCGACCUAUGUCCAAAGACAUUCACCACCAGGUAUGAACUGAAGAAACAUAAGAGGACCCACACCGGUGAACGGCCGUAUAUGUGCACCGUCUGCGGGAAGACGUACACACAGCUUGGACACCUCAACAUACACAAGUUGUCACACGAAGGUGUAAAAAAUUUCAACUGCUCAGAUUGUGGCUCAGCAUUCUACACUAAGGCUGAUCUGGACCGCCACGAGAGGAUUCACCUCGGGAUCAAACCCUACGUCUGUGAGAUAUGUUCAAAAAGUUUUACGCAGAAAAACAAUUUAGUGAUGCAUGUAAAAAUGCAUGUAGGGGAUAGGGCCCAUCAGUGUGACGUGUGCAACAAACGGUUCAUGACACGCAGUAAACUCACGUUGCAUGCAAAAAGGCAUGAAAAAACAAAAAAGGUUAAAAAUAAUUUAGAUGCUAUCGAAGAUGCAUUAGAUUGUUGUUAA